GGACGCGAAUGUGUGCUCCGGUUUCAACCUGGUUGACCGUUCCGGCGACCGGAACCAAUGGUCACUCAAGGCCACCGAACCUCACAGCUGCCUUAUCUACCAGUGCUGAUAAGAGGCUGUUUGUUUGUUCCUAUACUCUAGUCGAACGGUCAAACUAUAUGUAAGGACGAAGAAAUUGCCUCCUGUAACGAAAGUUCCUCAAUCUAGGCCAAGAUAUGUUUGUAGAAUAAGUGCAUCCAACAGAAAGUUCCUAGCAGUAAAGUAAAGCACAAAAAAAUAAGUGAGAAGUGAAAGUUUUCCUUUCCCCUUCGAGUUGCGUUUAAGAAAUUUAUUCAAGGCACCAAGUUUUGUGAUAGCAGGAUAAAAAAGAGAAAAAAAAGUUAUUUGCCCCUGAAUUGCGUCCGCUUGCGUAGCAAAGUGAUAGCGUCUACCUGGGAAAUCAAAAGAAGAAAGUGAAAAUCUAAUUACGCCUCUCGAUGCAUGAAUGAGCCGGUGCGCGGAAAGCGAAGGAGUGCAGAAGAAAACACAGAAAAGGCUUACCAUUCACCCAACAAGUGAAAGUUUGUUGGAAAGUUAGCUUAGAAACUUUGCCGUUCACCCGUUGGAGCCAGGAACAUCUGUUCCGGAGCAAGUUUAACCCACCAUUUGGAUUACCACGUAGCGAAACCGGCAUAUGAUGACGUCUAAUAUCCGAAUAAAGGAGGACCUGUACUUGAAACCACAGCAAGAGGAUCGAAUGGGAGCCGAGUCUCACAGCGACUCUGGGACAAUGUCCCAGAAGGCCCCCUUUCUCUUCCCGGCCCAAUUCUACAAGAACCUUUUCGCAGCUUCGGCUUCGUUGCUGCAGAAACCUCCGAACAGUAGUUCCUCCAGUGCCAUACACUCCCCAACCUCCGCCGAUGACGAAAAGGCAGAAGAUUUGUCCACUCCGGGACCACCACCAUUCCAUUCUUCCUCCACCACGUCCUCGUCUGCAGUGAUGGCAACGGUGGCACACUUUCCUCGCAAUCUACUUUUUUCCUCGUCACUCUCGUGUAAUCCGGUCGGUAGCAGCAGCGGCCAAUCUCAUCCACCCCUUUCGGGCUCAUCGGAAGCGACGGAACACGACGACGUGAAGGAUGUAGUCACACGAGAGAAAACACCAUCGUCCUUCCCCUGGCUGACGGAACCUACCAACAAUAACGACUACUCGAAAGCCAACAACAACCACCACCACCUCCACCAUCACCACGGCCAUCAUCACCACCAUCAUCACCAUCCGAGCACCUGUCGCCAUCCGGAGGACUCCAAAUCUUCGCUGAACUGCGGUUCUCCCCGGACGAUUCCGGGAACUGCGAACCACCACCACAACCAGCCCAGUGGCCAUCAUCCAGCAGCGGAGGGAGCAACUCCCGACACCGGCAGCACCACGGCGACCGCGGCGAUACCCAACUUCAACCAGAUGCCCGUGCCGGGCUCGGUCCAGGGCCAGAAUCCCACCCAGGGACUGGUGCACUGGAUGAGCGCGGUGAUGGCGGAACACAUGACGUCCAACUCGCACCACGAUCCGUCCGGUGUUGGAAUGCACUACAUGUGGAACGGACCGAUGGAGCAAUGUGGACAGCACACCAAAGACAUGGACUCGUACAGCGGAUGGCCAGCACCGAGAAACCACAUGUCCAUGAAGCAAGGAUACGAGGCAAAAAUGAACGCCGUAGACCAUCACCAUCACAACAAUCUACAAAAAGGACACAUGCUUGACGACGGCCGACUGCUGGAUCACCACGGAAUGCAAUCAGCGGCCCAGAUGAGUCAACUAUACGGAGCUCGUGGUGCAUCGAGUAACAGCUCGCCCGGAGGUCCGCAUGUGCACCCGAAUUCAGCCGCCCUGCUGGUGGUGCCGCAGCCCAUCAAUGCCUCCAAGAUCGGGGCAGCACUACCCAACGGAACCGGCCGGAAGUAUCAGUGCAAAAUGUGUCCCCAGAUUUUUACUUCGAAAGCGGAUCUCCAGCUGCACACGCAGAUUCACAUGCGCGAGGCAAAACCCUACAAAUGUUCGCAAUGCAAUAAGGCUUUCGCCAAUUCGAGCUAUCUAUCGCAGCACACCCGGAUACAUCUAGGAAUAAAGCCGUACCGAUGCGAGAUCUGUCAGCGUAAAUUUACCCAGCUGUCCCACCUACAGCAACACAUUCGGACACAUACCGGCGACAAACCGUACAAAUGUCGACAUGGGGGCUGCAUGAAGGCCUUCUCCCAGCUAUCUAAUCUGCAAUCACACUCCCGCUGCCACCAGACAGACAAACCGUUCAAGUGUAACUCCUGUUAUAAAUGUUUCUCGGAUGAACCCUCCCUACUGGAACACAUUCCGAAGCACAAGGAAUCGAAACAUCUGAAAACGCACAUCUGCCAGUACUGCGGCAAGUCUUACACCCAGGAGACGUAUCUCUCCAAGCACAUGCAGAAACACGCGGAACGAACCGACAAACGACCACCCAUCGGAACACGUAGCAGUAGUAGUUCGUUGAAUCUGAACACAACGUCCAGUAUUCCACCGGUCAUGACGGGGAGCGAGAAUCCUUACUGGCCCAAGGUAAGUCCUGAUUCUGCGGCCACCAUGACGGAUGUGAUGCAGCAGCAGCAACAACAGCAGGCACCACAACAACCCCAACAGCAACAGCAGCCCCAGAGUCACCAUGAUUUCAGCCUAAAUCAGCAGGGCAACACCAAUCAAACCCCGAACGGACACAAUCCUGGCGGCGAUCUGCAUCACCAUCGCGAUGAAAACGUCGAAGAUUUGGUAGUUAGUGGCGGCAGACCGAACCCUUCCAACAUGAACGGCAAUCUCUCACUCCCACCGUCAUCGACGCCAAUGUCCGCCGGCAGCUACGACACCAGCAGCAUAGCGAAAGCGACCUCCAAUUCGGCCUUCACACCGAUCAACGCAAUGCCACCGCACCUGAACAGCCUGCAGCAUCACCACCAGCUAGCCCAGCGGCCGUAUCUGUACGAUGCGAUCAGUUUCCAGAAUCAGAAAUCGAUCAACCAAAGUCCGUCGAAUGCGUUCCCAAAUCAGCUGAUUUCGUUGCAUCAGAUCAGAAACUAUGCCCACCAGCCGGGUGGGGGUUUGAUGGCUGGGGAGCACCUGCUGGGGGUGACCGUCGGUGCGGGUGGGAAGGACAAGGGUUAAGGUUUUAGGAGGUAGCUAGAGGAGCUGGGAGAUGCGGGCUGACCGUUGAUGUUGCGUGGAUUGGAUCGCUCGAGGGGGACGUUUCUGGACUCACCGAAACUGUCAAAAUUAUCAACCAGAAAUACUACCGGUAUACGCAUAAUUGUUAAAUGUUCAUUGGGAUUCCCUAUAGACAUGGAACAAUUAUGCGUAGAACGGUAAAAUGGGUACUCACUUUCUUUUUGCCAUUGACUGAUAUUUCUUCAAUUUGACAUAAUUCUGACAUUGUAAAAGUGAUCCCAAUCGUUUGUGCGGAUACGUUGGGAAUGUACCCAAUUUCGUGAAUAACUUGUCACGAAAUCUGGAAUAAUCGCGUAUUUACGUUACGAGCAGAAGUGGUUCCUCCUGGUAAGACCUGAUAAUGAGCUUCGUUGUAUGCUUUAGACACUUUCCAUGCAUCUGGUUUGGGCGCUCAUAGAACUCAUCUUUAGCAAUGUCGGGUUUGACGUUUUGUGGCGCCGAGGCGUUGAUAACGCUACAGUUGAAGAAUUUGCUCUUAAUCCUCAACACGUAGAUCCGUUGACAUCUGAUGACACGCCACUGCUCACCUAUCACUACAAAACUCGCUUCAUGUUCAUGAUCUGUCUUCUCGCGGUAACAGUAGUAAAUUUGGUAAUUUCUGUCAAAAAUUGGCAUAUAUUUUGCCGAUUAUUUCAUCCAUUAUCUACAAUUUCAUUCAGAUAUGCCGAACAAGUUUGUCGAAGGGGCCCUUUAAAUAGCGAAAUUGAAUAGAUGAACACACCGUUGAUUUCAACUUUAGGAGUAGGUCUGUAGACGCGAUAUCCUUUCGUAAAGGCUUACCACAAGAAACAGCAUUUCACAAUUCUCAGCUUAUCAGGGCUAACUUUCAAGAUAUCUGCCAUGGCUGAAUAUUUCUGUCCUUUCGAAAUAUCUAUAAUACUUAGCGGUUUGUCUUUGAUCUGAAAUAAGAUCAGAUAUUGUCCGACCGAGUUCGUUGUAUAUGAUUUUAAACGGGAAGUCUGAGUUUUUGAUGAGGCAUCUUGUUCAACGUCCAUUUUAUCACCAGCUGGAUUUUAUCAGAAGAAUUUAUUUAUGUACGGGCUUCGAGUCCGGCGCAAAGUGGAAACGUAAAGAAUACGUAGGAAGAGACAAAAACUAUAGGGAGGUAUAAAAAAACUAAAGACGUGUUAGAGGAUAAUAAAGCAAAAAUGUUGUACCUAUCUUCAGUUGAUAUAUGGCGGGAAGAUACCGAUUUUCUUAGCAAUCACCACGAAGCAUGUGAAAAAACCUAUAUGAGCAUCAGAUCUUAAAAGCAGUUUUACUCGCAUGUGCCAAAAGAUGGGUAGGUAAUGACUGGUACAUAACAGGAAUGUCGAUUGGUAAUUCAAUUCUAAUAAUAUGCUAAUAAUUGCGGAACUUUCUAACUUGUGUAAAACUUUUUUCGUACUGGACCGGAAUGAACCAAAUUUUGCCCAGUUUCUCUUUAGAGUGUAUUUUUUAAAUUUGCUAAUUUUUUCGGUUGUCAGUAAGAAUUUGGUCGAGGCGAAAGAAAAUCAACAAUCCAUAGCAUAGACCAGGCAUGCAAAAGAACGGUGCUACUCCGUGUCUUAUUCCUGUGCACUGGCUCAUAAUGUGUCAGAGCCAAAUUCAUUAAGCUAGUGCUUGUGCUGGUUUCCGAUGAGCUAGAGUUAACAAGUAGCACGAGCACCGAUGAGCGAGAGCUCUCGCUAGCACGGUGAUAGCUAGCACGCUGCACGGAGCUAUAGCUCAGCUAUAGCAAAGUAGAAUUAAAAAACAACGCGUUAGUGUGAGUAAUGAUGCCUGCAUCGUUUUUUCAGCAACCUGUCGCACAUUUGCCAACGCAUGUUUCUUGCUUUGUCCUAUUCUAUCGUUCCAUAGCUUACACUACUGCACCGUGCUAGCUCAUCGGACAAUUUUACCGUGCCAGCUCAUUGAGUUAUCUCGUGCUAGCUCACUGAGCUAGCUCAACGAGCUUUCUCGUGCCAGCUUACCGAGCUAGCUCAUGGUGCUAACUCGGGCUAGCUCUUCGAAUCCUACAGCUCGAGCACGAAGCUUACCUAGCACGAACGGUGUUAGUGCAUAUUGCUUUUGGUUCGUUCAAAGCGGCCGCUCAGCUCGUGUUAGGCUCUCGUGCUGUGCUUCAUGCAUCCCUGCCAUAGACGACGCCGGUGGUUGACUGGUAUUCGUAACCGUCACUCAUCCCAGUGGGUCUGGGUUCAAUCCCAGAUUAGCCUUUUUUUUUCAAAUUAUUUAACUAAUUGUUAACCAGCUUUAAGAAAGGAUUUGGGGUUAUGAGUGGCAAAGCAAUACUUUUGACGAAAAAUAUGAAACGUAAAUAUCUAGCGUCCAUACAAACGAUAUCCUUGAAAAAAUUAAAAAUCUUUUUAUCUUCUAUCUUUUAUUUUUAUUUUAUUGUAAUGUUUUCAAAAUGCAUAAAAUGCUAAAAAAAAUGUCUAAUAGAAGUUUUGGAAAUCAAUUCAUUUUAAAAAUUAAUGUUUUGGGAAAAUUUCAUAUUUCUUGAAUAAAAGCUUUUCUUGAGACUGAAUAAAAGCUUGACUGAGGCUGAGCUUUUCCUAGUGAGAUGGACUAGUAAGCAGAACAAAUCAUUUCCAGAGGUUUGGAGCUCAUACCAAACCGCCAUGAAGAUUUUUUUUAAUUGAAGCAGAGCUUCACAUUUUAAAAUUAAAGUUUGCAUGAAAUUUAAUACAAAUUUUCUGGUAAAUAUGGGAAUACAACUUUAAAAACAAAUCUGUUGCGUUACAUAUACAAUACCCAAGUAGGCCAGAGUACAAUCCGUGCAAUGCUUCCACCUACAGGGUCUGGCACUCAAAGUGUAACAUAUUAAAAAGACCAUAAAUUAGGCUUGGAAAUUUUUUUUGAAUCUAAAGAUUUAUUUGAAACGGCUUAAUGCGUUAGCACAACUGAUCCGUGGGUCUUUCAUUUUUUUUUUACGAUAAGUAAAAAUAAAAAAAAAAUGCUAAGAAUGUCGUCCUUCCAGACCUUGUUGACGCAGUUUGCUGCUGCGUGUUGAGAUCCUUUUUCUUGGCGGUGAAGCCGCUUGGGGGUCAUUCAGUCUGCCUUCUCUCGCGUUAUCGUUCCCGUCCAUGUCAUCAUCGGUACUGCUUUCUUGCUGUUCACGAUCAGAGGUUCUUAUUUGUUUCUUGUUCUUAUGUGUCGCUGUUGUAAAUCCGUCUUCAUCGGUAUUUUCUUCUAGUUGUUGGUUUGGGAGAGGUUGUCGUGGUCGUAGUACCUGCAUUAUUGGAUAAUUGGAUCGUUGUUUUUGGUUUAUCUGAAGGUGUCGGUGGCUGCUUGUUAGAGUUGGCUGUAGUAGAUGAGUUUUGACUAGUUGCUUCGGCGCAUGUUUUUCCGUAGUGGGCUGUAUGGUUACAGAAUUGGCAUGUUGGGAUCUGCCCGGGAUAUGCGAUUAGCGUUGUUUGCUUAUAGGUCAUGCCUUCCUUCGGUGAUUUGCAUUCGAUAGUCAUGUAAGAAGGUAUUGGUUUAGUCACUCGCAUCCUCACAAUACGAACGCAGUUGGAAAUGCCGGUGAAAAAAAUUCUCCAGGUGUCAUUCGUAAUACUUCCCCAUAUUGCGACAUGAUUUGUUUGAUGUAAUCUUUCUUAGUGCGCGGGGCCAAAUAUGGAUACGUACGUCCACCAUGUCGUUUUCCAUAUGCACCGGGAUCUUGAUUCUGGUGUUAUUAAACUCGACUUCGUUUUGCAUGUUGUUCUUUUCAAUGAAGUUUUCUGCCUGUGCUAAACUUUUAAACGUGAUCAAAACACAGUUUUUAACGUGAUGUAGCUGAAUGUACGUAACUUCAACGAGAUUAAGCUCCAUUUUAACUUUAACUAAUUGCUCCAGUUCCUGAACACGAGUUUUAUUAAAGUUGAUCGAAAUCGUGUUAUCUCGUAGCACGGGCACUUUUGUUUCAUUUGGCAAACUCAUUUCACUCCGCAGCCGGGGGUAACAAUACAAUAUUGUUUGUGCACUAAUAUGAUAUGGACUGCUUGUACGAUAGGCACCGAUCGGCUUGUAGGUAGAAUUGACGGUUUCACUUGUGCGGCACGAUUUUUAGCUUCUGCUCAGGGCGAGAUGUGAAGACAAACUGAGGUUUGGAAAAUAUGUUUUAUUUGCUGCAAAGUACAGAAUGUGUAAAAAUAUUCAAAAAAUCAGAAUCAAUUCACUUUUGCAUGAUAUGACCACCUCUUACUCUAACUAUGGCUUUGAGGCGGCCAAAAAAGCUAUCCGAAUGUGAGUUGCCUGCAUUUUGGCCCACUCACGAAAAAUGGCUUCCUUAAGCGUCUCGAUGUUGGUAUUUGUAUUUUUUACUUCGGACUUUGCUCUCCAAAAUGGCCCAGAGAGAAUCCUUAGAAUUCGCACCUGAUGAAUUCGAUAGUCAUUCGGCCCUAUUCUGCGCGGCGUGUGACGUGAGACGAAUAAUCUCACCUCACUCUACGUGACUUUUCUCACCCAAUUCUGAAGAGUCACUUCGGGUGACGUGAGACGCCCAUUUAAUCGCAAUGGGGAAUCUCACCUCACCCGAGUCGACUCACAGAAUCGGGUGAGAAAAGUCACAUAAAGUGAGGUGAGUUUAGUCGUCUCACGUCACACGCCGCGCAGAAUAAGGCCGAUUGUGGGGCCGUAACGAAGUUCGGAACAUUGGUUUUCAGCCAUUCUUGGUUCACUCGCGCCAGGGGCGGCGAAUCACUUUACGCCCGAGUGGGUAGAAAGGGGUCCAUUAGUAGUGAUUUUUUCCCUUUUCGCAAUGCACACGCUUACAUUACAUUCACAUUAAGUCACGUUCGUUUAUGCAAAUUUAAUUGUGGUACAUCGAUGUUUUCAAAUGAGUGUAGUGCGAGAUACAUGCGUUGCACAUCUAAAUUUUUUUAAAUGGUUCAAAAUUUCGAGUGGGUAAUUACCCACUCGGUUAUUUUCGGUUAUUAUUUUAGUACUACCCAUACUACCCACGCUUUCCGCCGGCCCUGACUAGCGCUUUGUGAGGUGGUACCAAGACUUGUUGAAACGUCCAUGGUCUGCGAUCGAAAUGUUUGUCUGCCGACGACUUCAAAUCAGGCUCCAGGACUCUUUCCCGAUAAUUAGCCUGCAUUACGACGGAUCACUUUCUCGAACGAAUGUGAUUUGCAUUCUCAAUAAUGACAACAAAAUCAAACGGGGGCCUACUUCGAUCGCACCCAGGGAUGCCAACGGUACUGGUAAACUACAUUUUUUCGGUAUAUUUACAUUUGCACAAGCCGUACAGUCCGCUACAGUGAUGCAUCACUACAGCUCUUGCCAGAACGGUAGCCAAACCGAGUACAUUUUCCCGUACAAAAGUAGAAUACAUUUUUGUUUUUCUGCUGUACUCCGACUGCUCGGUGAGAGUGUGGCGUAGUAAAGUUUGUUCUCUCGCUUGGUACACUUUUCUCUGCACAGUGAAAAGGAGAGGCCCGCACACGAAAGCGUUGAUUCCGGUCGUGGCGUAAACGAACCGCAUUCAUUGUCGUCGUUUGUAAUUAAAAAUAUUGAAUAGACUAAAAAUAUUAAAAAGAGUAAAAUAAGGAAAGAGAAACUGUACCGCUCGCGUCUGCUGGCUGUACUGGGGGCAGUAUUUUUUGUCAUGUUACUACUUUGCUUACAGACUGCCGUACAGCGCUGGGCGUCCUGCACUAGCGAACGACAGCAGCAUCGAAAGAGAAAUUAGAAUGUAGGCAGAAAAAUUACAGCCGCAGAAAAGGUAGGCAUUUUGCAUCCUUGAUCGCACCACAUUCGUUCGAAAAUAUGAUCCAUCGCAAUGCAGAAUAGGGCUGAAUAUGUCGCAUUUACUUUGACGCUAGGCUCGAUGAAUACGAUUGAAGAGCGACCAUCUCCGGUUGCACUGGGCCAAACCAUUAUUUGUGGCGGGUGCUGUCUCCUGGUGGCCAACUGUCGGCUCAAAUUCUCGUAUGAACGAACGUCGUUCUGAGAAUUUAGGAAUGGUUCAAUUUGAAAAAAAAAAAAAUUGGCAGAAAACACGAUGUUCGGAACAUGACUGGUAUCGGCCAAGCGAUGCAACUCGUUCGUUUUCUCAAGUCUAACCUGUAGCUGAUUCGGUGUGAGAGCGUGGGUCUUUUGGAACUUUUAAUGCUUGACCUUGAGCUCAUUUUCUAAUGUGCGUCGGACGCUACAGUCGGAUAUUUUCAGUUCUUUAGCUAUUUGAUUGGCACUUCGUCGUGGAUUUCGCUCAAGUCGCUUCUUCACUGUUUAAAUCAUCUCACUUGACGUUGCAGUUAUGGUGCGACAAACUAAAACUUUAUUUCACAUUAAGAUUCGCAAACACUUGGUAGUUAUAAUUUUCCAGCAAAAUAUAAAGCAUUCACACUAUUACGUUUGAAUUUCAACGUUUAUAUAUUUCUUUUCAUUCACUUAUGUCAAAAUGCUUUUAUACGCUUAUAAACAAUACCUCGAAAUGUCAUUUAGUCAAUUUAUAGAAGCUGAUGCCAGUGCAACAGUGGUGUAUAGUGAUGCGCGUCAGUGCAGGAGAGGCGUACCCAAUGCGCUGUGAACCCAGUUGGGCUGGCAUUGGUUGCAUGAUAACGGGACUGAUAUUUUGGUGAUAGGUGCGAGUUAACCCAAGUAACCAUAAGCAUUAAGCCAUUGCACUAUAUUGGCUAUAUAUUUGAACUAAUGUUGCAUUGAAACUCCAUUAUAGCAUUAACAAUGCAAUGAAGUUCUAUAUUAGCAACAAUAAUACAUAACUGCACAGCCGACAUAUAGCAUUAUCGCUUGCUUUAUAUGCGUAUAUAAAGCUGAUAUAACGCGUACAUGCUUCAAGGAUCUUUAAAGCAUGUAAGCUUUACAAGUGCAUUUAGUGCCAUUAUAGAGCAAAUAAAAAGCCGAUAUAAUGCUAUUGUAAUGCUGUAGGUUUAUUUGUUAUGCAACUCUUCUUGAAGAUUAUAUUCGGCAUAUUUCAUUUCUAUCGAACAUGUGCAAUAUAAUCUAGGGAGCAAACGCAGCGCACUUACCGUGAAGGACGAGGCAAGGUACCUCAGUUCGAGACUGACUAAAGGUAAUUUUCGUAAAACAUUCAUAUUAUGUGAGAACGAAAAGCCAUUUAGGAUAUUCAUUACAAUGCAUUCGAAGAGAGACAAUUGCGGUUUUAAACAGAACAUCUUAUUUUAAAAAUUUUCCUUUUUCCUCAUCAUACCGAAAGGAAACAUAAGAAAUGGUUUCAAAACCAUGGCGGACAAUGACAGCCAACUAAAACUUUUUAAUAGUAUUAGUAUUGCCAAUAUAAGGCUUUCAAAAUUGACAUUUGUACGCUGGUGCAAUAUAAUAUCAUGAGUACUGCAGAAACGAGCUGUCAAUCUCUGCACAGUAAUAGCACCAUAUUUCGCCUUUUCUGGCAUAAUAUCAGCAUUAUAUCAGUAUUUAGGGCUUCACGGAUCUUAAAGAUAGUUUUAUAUGUGGAUCUAAAGCAGAUAUUAGGCUACGUUAUAAUGCUUAUUGGUUACUUGGGAAUAGGGUCAUUCAAAUGCUGAUUAAUGACUUUUUCGUCAUAUGUGGUAUCACUUAUAAUUUGAGAAUGGACUGUUUAAAAUAUAUUCUGUAAUAUUACAGUGAAAACCCGUUUGUCAACCAAAAAUACACCAAAGGGGCUGAUAAAAAUGCGGCUUCGGUGUACAAGGACUGUGGGGUCCAAGUACUAUAUACCGCAAGAACAUUGCCAGCCUGGGAUAAAUACCUAAGUAGGUUAUAAUCCAAUUCGCGCUAUGUUCCUAUUAUGUUCAGCAUCCCCUAUUACCAUGCUAACAAGGAAAGUGUGCACGCCAGCUGCACUAUCAGCCCCAUCGGGGGUACAUCGACAGAUAUUUGGAUUUUACCCUUGUGCGGAUCUUCGCGCUUGUGUAGAUCGUUUUCGGCGAGAGUGACAACAUUGUUGUCGGCGUUUGUCGAUCGCUCUCGCCGUAGAGACUGAACGGGAUGGGUAUUGGUAUUUUGCUCUGUGUGUUUCACCGCGCAUGUUGCUCGCAAUCGCCGCCGAGAUGUGGUGUAUGGUGUUGCCGUCGGUGCUCGUUGGUCCACCCGAGAUACGUCUGCGAACCCAAUUGCAUGAUGUAUUUUGGUAGUAGGUAAAGGCUACUAGGGUAAUUCGAAUGUCGAAUACUUUUCUAGCAAAACACAUAACAUCCAAAGUGGCCCAUCAAAAUCAAUUCUUUUCAGUAGCAGUUCGUAUAAGGUCAUAGAAAUAGUGACUACAUACUCACCUCUCAAGCCAGAAACGUUAUACCGCUAUACCUCUCCUUACAAAAAAGCAGAUACAUUAUUUUGAAGACCUCAAAAUAGUGCGGUGGCGCAACUCUUUAUACCAGCGAUAUUCAAUCGGGGAUCCGUGGACCCCUAUGGAGCCGCGUUGUUGGGGGUCCGCCAAUACUAAUAUCUUUUACGGAUGGAUAUUGGAAUUUCAAGCACUUUUUCGCCACAGACUGAACAUAAUGUGUUGAUAGUAUAUCUACUCGAUUCUAAAAAGUGAUAGUCUGCAACAACCGAGGGUAAUUUCGAAGGGGUCCUUGGUAUAUAAAGGGAUGAGAGCCACUGCUUUAGCUUACGUCCCAUUUUUUUUUUUUUCAAAAAAUUCUGCACAAUAGUUUUUAGGGGCCUCAAACCACCAAUAAUGUUUGGGUUUGUUCUGCUCUCCAGUACUGGAAAAAAUCGAUGGUUAAAAAGUUUUCAAAGCCUCAAGAAAAACUUUGAUUUAUAAAAAGGUCCCCAAAGUUUGCUUUUCCAAAACAUUCAAUUUUCUUUCAAUACCUUCAUACUAUGUUGCGUUUCGGCUUCGCCUCAUCAGAAACCGACACUAACACAUUGUCGGAAUAGAUUAGCGCCGGCUUGACGCAAAUCCCUUAAAACUAAAACACACUAUGUGUUUCAAUCAAACGACUGAUCAAACGUGAUGUCCCGUUCGAGCAGAAGUUCUGUUUAUGCCGAUGAGACACAAGGGAAGCCGAAACUUGUCUUGGCUUAGCAGGCCUAUGCGAAAGCACUAUGCUAUAUUUCACCCUAAGGAGGAAAAUUUGGUAAAAACCAAAAUUUCUCACUAGGGUGAAAAUUUGUUGGUAAAAACCAGUCUUUGUACAGGAGGGCACA